AUGCAGAUACAGGAUACUAAAACGAAUGCUAUCGCUAAAGAUGUGGUAUCAACGUUUACAGCUGCUAAAUCAUCAAAAUUAGCUCGCUGCACUGUAUGGGUUAAUUUGAUUGUAGCUGUUGUUCCAUCAAUUGUCUUUGGCGUAUUCACCGUAGUUUUUACGCUGCAGCAGAAUGCAUUCGCUGCAGUGGCACACGAACAAGAACAACAUCAAGCGUCGGAACAACGCAUACAAUCUAUUUUUGAUAACUGCGUCGAUGUGAUUUCGGAAAUUCUACUCAGUCCAAACUUUAAUCGAAGUGAUAUUAAUCAUCUUCAACCGAUUCAAGUGAAAGUUAUAACUGCUCUUCAACGUCUCGAUCCACCUCACAAACGAGACGUCAUCUUUUAUUUACAUGUAAACAAACUUAUCCGAAACGAUUUUCCGCCCGAAUUUCGGCUUGAUUUGCGUGGCGCCGAUCUCAAUGGAGUCGAAUUUGCGACAUCGAGGAAAACCCGUUGUGUUCUCAAUGAUGUUUAUUUACCGAGAAUAUUAGCUUCGAACAUUAUUUUUUCUGGAUGCGAACUCGAUCGAUCUAACUUCGAAGACAGUGUCAUGGAUCAAAGUCAAUUUUACAAUUGUUCGUUAGGAUUCAGUAAAUUCCUGAAUGUAAAUCUCGAAAAAGCAAUAUUUCAAAGGAACAUGUACUGGAAAACUGAUUUUUCGGGUUCAUCAUUGGCACAAACAUCGUUUACGAACUCGAGCUGGUUGUACUUCGUGAAUUUCACCAAUGUAGAUCUUUUGGGCAGUGACAUUACAGAAAAUAAUCUGUUGGGUCAAAAGUCGGGCUCAACUACUAAUAUUGUAUUUAACUCUCGCCUCCCAAAUGGAUCUUUGACACUUCAUUCAACGCAAGUAGUUCAGGAUGGUGGAGCUGAAGAAGAGUGCAUGAGGGCCCCAGAUUCACCUACGCCAUGGAAAAUGCACAUUACUCGUGAACUGAUAUUGACUCACCGUUAUGUUGACAAUUCGAGUUUGUAUCCUGUGCCCGUUGAGGGGAACUGCUACUUCUUGGCCAAAAAAAUUAGUAUGCUUGGUCAAGGUAUUGACGUGAGAAAUCUUUCACGGUUGAUUGAUCUUGGACAAGUUGCAUGUAAUGUAUCUGUUUACUUUGGCUGUUCUCAGUCAACUCCAAGCAAUCAGAUAGUAUUAUCGUUUGGCUUUAUUGAUGCCAACGGAUGGCCAUUAGUCACCGCACCUUAUGUUUUAACAACUACUGAAAAACCCUUCCGAUUUCAAUCAAUCACUACGUCGCUUUUAAUCGGUACACGUUUCAUUAACGUUUACAUGCAAGUCGUUGUUCACAACCAAUCUACUUCGGAAAGUCCUCAAUAUUGCGAAAUAGAUAAAAUUCGUGUAGUCGUCUUUCAUAAAGAAGCAUCACGUGAUGGAUUCGAUGCAAAAACAUUUCAUUCACUUUGUGACAAUCAAGGACCAACAAUGACAAUUAUUCAAUCAAAAGCGAAUUAUCUAUUUGGAGAUUACACAUCUAUUUCCUGGACAUCUGAUAGCUCACAUAGGAAUGAUUAUAAAGAAUUUUUGUUUACUCUGAUCAAUCUUCACAAGAUUGAACCGACUAAAUAUCCUAUUGAUCGUCGUCAGCGUGGAUGUGCGGUUUAUCAUCAUCGUGAUGAUGGUCCGAUAUUCGGUGGAUUUGGUUAUUCUCCAAGAUUUCGCAGCCAUAAUUACAUCUGA